ACAUGUUAUGCACAUAUUAAUGCGUACCUAAUCGUACAAGCUAAAAAAUCUUAAAAGUAUCACGGUUCAAAAUAAUGCAUAAUAUAUUUUCCAAAAAAACAUGAAUAAUCCCUAAGCUUUGUAGGUUAAAGCAUCAACCCUAGCACACGCAGCGCAGCCUGUGGCCGUUUAAUCGUGCGAUUCAUUUCGGGUCGUUAUCAGAAGCGAAUUUAGGACUUUUAUUUUUCUUCAUGAUAUUGUGAUUACCUACAUGGUUUAUUGUGUACACAAUAUUUGUUUUGUUCAGGUUAUUCAAUUAUUAUUGAUUUAUUGCCUUAUAUUAUUGGCAAUUUUAUGAUUUUUGGUUAUAAUAUAUUGCAUCAUCAUCAUCAUCAAACAAAACAAUCUUUCCUGUAUUUCUGAACACUAGAAAGUUUGAUACCUUGAUCUGUGUAUAGUCUUGUCUUUUAUACUUAAACAUUGUUUAUAGAAACAUAAUAUAAGUACAGUGUUGUUUUCACAUUUUAACGACUGAAAUAUGGAAGAUGAUAAAGAUGUUAAAGCUUCACUAUCAAGUAUUAGUAGUCCUAAAGUUAAGAAAUUAUUUGAAAUAAAGAAAUGGAAUGCUGUUACUUUAUGGGCUUGGGACAUCGUUGUGGACAAUUGUGCCAUUUGUCGUAAUAACAUCACGGACUUAUGCAUCGAGUGUCAAGCCAAUCAAAAUGUAGGGUCUAGAGAUGAAUGUACAGUUGCGUGGGGCACAUGUAAUCAUGCUUUUCAUCUUCACUGCAUAUCUCGUUGGUUAACAACUCGACAAGUAUGUCCACUUGAUAACAAAGAAUGGGAACUCCAGAAGUAUGGUUUAUAGAAAUACAUCUGGAAUACAUUUUAACCUACAUUUCAUUACUUGUAUGAAUAAUAAAUAUUCAAUUAUUAUUAAAAUGUCCAUGAUAUAAAUAUUUAAAGAAAAAAAAUUACAUUGCCAACCACUAAAUUAAUAUAUAUAAUUAAUAUUUAUCCUGUAAAAUUUUAAAUUCAAUUCAUUUUACAAUAAACGACUCUGUGUACUAUGGAUAUAACUGAUGAA